AUGCAGGAGAUCCGAGACGAACGCAGUCGCCUGAUCACCGAAUACGUGAAGUGCGUCCGUUUGGUUAAACUGUCCGAAAACCUGGAAAUACUGUGGUAUCAACGAUUGCGAGCCGCGCGAACGCAGGAAUUAGAAGUGCUACGUCGGAUGCGGUUUUUACAGGCAUUCAACGUGUUCAUGGGGUCCUUUUUCAAUUUCCUUUUGCCGACCACGAUCUUCACAAUCUACGUUUUACAGGGUCACGAAUUGACGGGAGCAGUGGUUUUUACAACUUUGGCUUGGAUUCAACAUUAA